AUGGAGGACUUCCAAAUCUGCCCGCUGUCCACCUACUAUAAAAGGAUCCUUAUCCCGGUGUCCUACAGCCUAGUCUUUUUGCUUGGCCUGAGUUUAAACGGCGUCCUGCUGUGGUGCGUUAUCUGUCGGACGCGCCGCUGGAGCAACACGGUGAUCUACCUGACCAACCUCGCAGUCGCGGACCUCCUCUUCGUGUUGGCCCUUCCUCCACUUAUCAUCAGCGAUGCUAUGGGAAACUUCUGGCCCUUCGGCAACAUCUUCUGCAAAACUGUUAGAUUUGUCUUUCUGGUCAACCUCCACUGUAGCAUAAUGUUUGUCACCUGCGUCAGCGUUCACCGGUUCAUCGGGGUGUGCUAUCCCAUCGCUGCUGUGCGCCUCAGGACCAGAAAGUUCGCCAUCCUUGCGUCAGGGUCCAUUUGGAUUCUAGCCAAUGCUGAGAUUUCACCGACAUUUGUGUUUGCGCACACGGGUGUGAUCAACAACAUGACUGUUUGCUUUGAAAUGACCGGCCCGAAGCAAUUUGAUAUGUUCUUUCCAUAUGGGCUGUUCUUGGUUAUAGCGGGCUUUUUGAUCCCAUUCUUGGUCGUGGUCACCUGUUACUGCUCCAUGAUAAAGGUGCUGUACUGCGGGGCCGCGGACAGCAUUUCUAAUACCAGGAAACAGCGUGUGCGCAAAAAGUGCUUGUAUACCCUUUUAACUGUGUGCCUCAUGUUUGCCGUUUGUUUUGUGCCGUAUCAUAUUGUCCGCACUGUCUACAUGUUUGUCAGAGUCUACAUGCCAGGAAACUGUCAUCUGCUGAACCUGGCCAUGAUCACGUUUAAAGUCUGGAAACCGGUUGUCGUGCUAAACUGCUGCGUAAAUCCUCUCAUCUACUUCUGUAGUUCUCAUCCAAAGCGUCUAAAGUUCACAGCCUGGCUCUGGAGGAGGAAUAAAAGAGUGGAGCCCACUGUGUGUCUGGUCAGCAAGAGGUGUGAAGGGUAUAAUCCGUGA